UUUAAAUAUUAUUUAGACGAAGCCGCGUAGCCGUCAAGCAACACUGCAUAAAACGUCUUUCCGUCAGUGCGGAAGUCCCCGUGUCCUUUUUGCUUCAGUCAGGCUCUGCCCUACUGACAUGCAUCAGCAAGUGUUCGUGCGUGGCCUUGAUGGCCGGACGCUGGUUGUGGACCUGGCGCCUGGUGCGCGUGUUUCUGAGCUCAAGGAGGAUUUGCGAUCCCGCCUUGGCUUGCCAUGCGACCAGCAGCGUCUCUUGCUGGCCUCGGGCAGGCCACUGGACGACGCUGACACCCUGGAGGCCGGCUGCAGCCUGGACCUGAGCCUGCGCCUGGUCGGUGGUGUGAUUGAGCCCAGCUUGCGCAUCCUAGCCCAGAAGUACAACUGCGACAAGAUGAUCUGCCGCAAGUGCUAUGCCCGGCUGCAUCCAAAGGCCACAAACUGCCGCAAGCGCAAGUGUGGCCACUCCAACAACUUGCGUCCCAAGAAGAAGCUCAAGUAGACUGCACGUCUAUGCUUGUUACCUUCUAUGGUUGCUGGGCCAGGAAUAAAAGUCGUCUUAUGAA